CCGAGGGAGACGCCGCGCUGAUCCCCGCCUAGGCACGGGCUCCAGCCCUUGAGCAGAAGGGUCUCCGAGUCCUCCCUCGUGCCGACGCGAAACCGUGCGGCGCGUCCGCGGAAGGGGCCGAGAUUCCCGCCGCGGGCAGCGGGAGAGAGGGCUUGGACUGGGCGCUCGGGGAGCGGCGAGGCUGCGAGGGGCGGCUCUGGGCGCUGCGCCUCCCGCGCUCCGGCCGCAGUUCUGGGCGCUGGGGGCGGGCGGGGGAGGAGCCACGUGGGGAGGAGCAAAGCCUGGAGGCCCCGGGAACCUUGGGCAAAGCCAGAGAGGCGAGAGCCGGAUCCCGGGCGCACGGCCCCGGGAGAGCGCGCCGUCCGGGCCGAGCGCCGCGGCCGGUUCCGUGCGCAACCGGGCAGAAGGGCCAGUGCUGACGGGGAGAGGCUCCCAGGCUCCUCAACCGUCGCAGAGCUGCUGGGCUGCCCGCCGCCCCGCCGGGGCCCAGCCCGACCCGCCACCUGCGUCCCGGUUGCGCCAUGGAUCCUUCGGAGAAGAAGAUCUCGGUGUGGAUCUGCCAGGAGGAGAAGCUGGUGUCUGGUCUCUCUCGCCGCACCACCUGCUCGGACGUGGUGCGGGUGCUGUUGGAGGACGGCUGCCGGCGGCGACGGAGGCAGCGGCGGGGCCGGCGGCGGGGGGCGGCCGGCGACUCGCCAGGCCGGGAGGAGCUGCGGGAACUCCUGGACGAGGACGACGAGGGCGACGACGAGGCGCUGCCGCAAGGCAUGCUGUGCGGGCCCCCGCAGUGCUAUUGCAUCGUGGAGAAGUGGCGGGGCUUUGAGCGCAUCCUGCCGAACAAGACGCGCAUCUUGCGCCUCUGGGCCGCCUGGGGCGACGAGCAAGAGAAUGUGCGCUUCGUGCUGGUGCGCAGCGAGGCGUCACUACCCAGCGCGGGCCCCCGCAGCGCCGAGGCGCGCGUGGUACUCAGUCGCGAGCGCCCCUGCUCGGCCCGGGGGGUCCCGGCGCGGCCCAGCCUGGCUCUGACCCAGGAGAAGCAGCGGCGGGUGGUGCGCAAGGCCUUCCGCAAGCUGGCCAAGCUCAACCGGCGGCGCCCGCAGCAGCCGUCGUCGCCCUGUUCGUCCGCUUCGUCGUCCACCGCCUCGUCGUGCUCGUCUUCGCCGCGGGCCGCGGAGAGCGCAGCGGUGGAGCGCAUGGAGACGCUGGUGCAUUUGGUGCUCUCACAGGACCACACCAUCCGUCAGCAGGUGCAGCGGCUCCGGGAGCUGGAUCGCGAGAUCGAUCGCUAUGAGGCCAAGGUGCACCUGGACCGCGUGCGGCGACACGGAGUCAACUACGUGCAGGACACUUACUUGGUGGGCGCCGGCAUCGAGGUCGACGGGCCCAGCCCGGGAGAGGAGCCGGAGGCGGCUGCGGCUCCCCCGGACGGCGAGGCGCAGGCGGCCGCGCUGGAGGAGCUGGCCCGGCGGUGCGACGACCUGCUGCGCCUGCAGGAGCAGCGAGCCCAGCAGGAGGAGUUGCUCGAGCGCCUCUCAGCCGAGAUUCAGGAGGAGCUGAACCAGAGGUGGAUGCGGAGGCGCCAGGAGGAGCUCGCGGCGCGGGAGGAGCCCCUGGAGCCUGACGGCGGCCUCGACGGCGAGCUGCUGCUGGAGCAGGAGCGGGUCAGGACGCAGCUCAGCACCAGCCUGUACAUCGGGCUCCGGCUCAACACGGACCUGGAGGCCGUCAAGUCGGAUUUGGAUUACAGCCAGCAGCAGAGGGACAGCAAGGAGUGCGAGCUGCAGGGCCUUCUCCAGACUUUGCACACGUUGGAGCUGACGGUAGCGCCCGAUGGGACUCUCGGCUCUGGCGGACCCUCCCGGGAACCCCGGCCCCAGGGCUGCGCCGAGGUGUGGGUGGAUCAGGCCCGCGGACUGGCCAAGAGCUGUCCUGGCAACGACGAGGACUCGGAUACCGGGCUGAGCUCUAUGCACAGCCAGGACUCGGACUCAGUGCCUGUGUGCGAAUCUCUUGUGUAAGAGGAGCAGGGUGGAGAGGGGCACGACCCUUCUCCCUUCCUCGCAGAAAGCACUGGCAUGGCCGGCUCAGGGCCUUGAAACCAGGCUGGGGGUGGGCCGGGGAGCCCUGCCAGGUAGCAGCGCU